CCGGGACGCCGCGCGGGGCAGUGUGGGACGGGGGCGGAACGCCGCCCGGCCGCCGGUCAGGCUCUGUGUCAGCAGCCGGGCGGGCGCUCGGGCGGGACAUGGCAACCUGUGUAGCCCGGCGGGCCCUGGCCGUGGGAAGCCGCUGGUGGUCCCGGUCGCUGACUGGGGCCCGGUGGCCGAGGCCGCUCUGUGCGGCGGCUGGAGCUGGGGCCUUCUCGCCAGCGGCGACCACGACGACGCGGAGGCACCUCUCGUCCCGAAAUCGACCAGAGGGCAAAGUGUUGGAGACAGUUGGUGUGUUUGAGGUGCCAAAACAGAAUGGAAAAUAUGAGACCGGGCAGCUUUUCCUUCAUAGCAUUUUUGGCUACCGAGGUGUUGUCCUGUUUCCCUGGCAGGCCAGACUGUAUGACCGGGAUGUGGCUUCUGCAGCUCCAGAAAAAGCAGAGAACCCUGCUGGCCAUGGCUCCAAGGAGGUGAAAGGCAAAACUCACACUUACUAUCAGGUGCUGAUUGAUGCCCGUGACUGCCCACAUAUAUCUCAGAGAUCUCAGACAGAAGCUGUGACCUUCUUGGCUAACCAUGAUGACAGCCGGGCCCUCUAUGCCAUCCCAGGCUUGGACUAUGUCAGCCAUGAAGACAUCCUCCCCUACACCUCCACUGAUCAGGUUCCCAUCCAACAUGAACUCUUUGAAAGAUUUCUUCUGUAUGACCAGACAAAAGCACCUCCUUUUGUGGCUCGGGAGACACUAAGGGCCUGGCAAGAGAAGAAUCAUCCCUGGCUGGAGCUCUCUGAUGUUCAUCGGGAAACAACUGAGAACAUACGUGUCACUGUCAUCCCCUUCUACAUGGGCAUGAGGGAAGCCCAGAAUUCCCACGUGUACUGGUGGCGCUACUGUAUCCGUUUGGAGAACCUUGACAGUGACGUGGUACAGCUCCGGGAGCGGCACUGGAGGAUAUUCAGUCUCUCCGGCACCUUGGAGACAGUGCGAGGCCGAGGGGUAGUGGGCAGGGAACCUGUGUUAUCCAAGGAGCAGCCCGCGUUCCAGUAUAGCAGCCACGUCUCGCUGCAGGCUUCCAGUGGGCACAUGUGGGGUACAUUCCGCUUUGAAAGACCUGAUGGCUCCCACUUUGAUGUUCGGAUCCCUCCCUUCUCCCUGGAAAGCAAUAAAGAUGAGAAGACACCACCCUCAGGCCUUCACUGGUAAGGCCAGCUGAGGCCCCAAGUGCUUCCUUGGUCACCAGGAAGAACAACUGUCAUCCCACAAUUGCUGCAGAACUCUUCUCUCCCCAUCAUGGGCCACAGUGGGUCUCUUAAUUUGAUUGUGGGGUUCUUUUUGUGGUGAGGGUGGUAUAACUUUUCUUCAGAAGACCCAUGUGGGACACCUCCAAGGCUGGCCUCCUCAUAAGCCCUGCCUAUACCAUGUUCCAGUAAACCUCUCCACCUAGGAACUGUUUUCAGCUGCCACAGGCCUGGAGGAGUUUCCUGGCCUGUCACGUGAGGUUUGAUCAGUAAACCAGUGCACGCUUGGCCACCCUUGCCAUUUCUGCUCCCAGAGUCUCAGACUUCCCUUCUGACCCAGUGUGUGCCCUUGAUUGCUUUCUCUGCUGCCCUUCCAGGGAGCUGCCCCCCGGUAGGGCAUGUGCCUGUUUCCCUCUCAGCCUGGAGGCUGGCUGGACAUCUCCUACGGUCAAUGUGCCUCUCAGCUAGUUGGCAGGGUUGCUGGACUGGACUCUUGUUCACUUUACCUUUUGCCAAAUGCAGAGAGGGAGACCAGUGUCAGAGUCAGAGUGGCCUGGCUCUUAGCACUGACCAACCAUUGCCAUUUCUGGCCUCGCUAGGCCCAGGAGAGGAGGGAGGCAAGCCAGUCGGGUUUCCUGGAGCAAUGGGUGCGCCAGCCCUGAGCAUGACUCUGCCAAGCAUCCAGACCACAAAUGCAGGAAUUUGGCCGAGGAGCAGCUUUAGGUAUGGAUGACGACUAAGCCAAGCUACUUCCUGAGCUUCUCUCAGAUUUCCAAGAGCCAGAGAUGAAUUGUGCUGCAACUUGCCCCAAUUCUUAGGAUUUCUUCUCCUCUGCCACUGCAGUGAUUGUUAGAGGUCAUUUUCUUGAAUUAAUAUUAAAUCACAGUUCCAGCCCUUGUUAGUGUUGUCCUUAGUCCUCCAGGGGGAGCCGGGG